AUGCUGCCGAACGGGGUGUCAGAGUGCUGCGGCGGGAACAAAAACGGAAAAGGUGAGGGAAGCAGCGGGAGUGAGAAAGAGAUAAAGGCAGGAGUCAUGGAAGAGGGAAGUGGGAGAGAGAGAUCAGCAGCAUUGGAUCUAGAAGAUCUAAUGAAAAUACCUAAAGUCGAGCUACAUGCGCACUUCUUCGGUUCCAUCCGCCUCGAGACCGUAAAGAGAAUUGAAGAAUCAAAGGCAGCACGUGCCCGCACCCAAAAAGGGCAAAUAAAGGAAAAGGCUACCGAAGGGGGAAAUUGCUGCACGGAAGAGGUGACGGAGGAGGUGCAUUCACCGAACAACGACAAGCAUAAGAUCACCAGCAACGGUGGCAGCUCCAACAGGAACUGCAGAAGUGUCAGUAAAAGUAUACACACAGGGACACCCAACUGCCCCGAUCUGAUUGCAGCGUUCGAUUAUUUCACGUGGGUUUAUUCAGCAGUUCGCGCAGCUGACGAUAUGCGCCAGGCGCUGCUGGAGGUGUUGGAGGAUUUCCACAAAGAGAAUGUCGUGUAUCUCGAACUAAGAUCCUCACUAAAGCGUAUUCCUGAUGAGGGGAUAGAUCCCCAGUCCUACGUUGACUUGCUGGUCGAGGGCUGCAAAGAAGCGAAACGAAAAUGGGAAAUGAGCGUUCGGCUUCUCAUUUCAUUGGACAGAGGACGAAUGGACACGGAGGAAAAUGCAAAUUUGCAGAUUGAAGAGGCCUUUGCUGCAGCCGAACGGCACCCUGAUUGGAUCGUUGGGUUCGACAUAGCUGGCAGACCGGAUAAAGGGAGCAUAGAGUUAACUCUGCAGCGGUUGAAAGAGGAAGUUAUCUCCGAAGGCGGAAAAUUCUAUAAAAAGAAAAAAAUCACGAUUCACACAGCUGAAACGCUCGAUGCCGAAGCAGAAACGGAAGAAAUCCUAAAACUGCCGCCGCAUAGGCUUGGACAUGGCUGCUACCUUACAGCCGAGGAACAGAGGGCCGUUGUGGACAGCGGAAUCUGCGUCGAGGUUUGCCCCACGUCGAACAUUUGUACUUUGAAGCUGAGGGAUUUGCAAGAUCAUCCUUUGCAGCUCCAACAGGGGAAUAUCCUUGGGUUGCAGAACAUUUGUAUUUGCACUGAUGACAUUGGGCUCUUCCAGACCAGCUUAUCAAAAGAACUGCUAAUUGCCGCACGCGCAUAUAAUUUGGCUCCACAAGAUAUAUUUGAACUGCAGAAGAGAGCUGUACAUGCUGCUUUCUGCUCCCCGGAAGAAAAGGAGAGAAUCCUUACCAGGUUUUUCAAUGAUGAAGUUAAAAUGCAAUUUUGUAAGACAAACGGAGGAUGA